CUAAACACCUAACUAGUGGAAUAUUUGUAUUAUAAAAAUCUUAUUUUUCUGUAAGCUGAUCAAUGAACCCAGUAGCCUUUGAAAGAAGGGCAAGAAGUCAAAUUCAGUCCACCGUAAAAAUGGCUCAGUUCUACGACAGCUCUGGCACGGGAAGCCGAGAAAAUAUUCUGUGAAUAAUUGAAGGAAAACUAGAAAAUCUGACUCUAGAUUUUGCCAAGUCAUGGAGUUGCCAUCAAUGGUGGAGCGUUCCGGAAAUCUCCUUGUGGUGCGCAGCUUGUUCAAUAAUGCGCCGCUGUAUCAGACUGCCGCAAAUCAUGGAGAGGAGCUGCCAUGGGUUAAUGGCUUAAAGCCCCUGAUGGGUGCCGAUAUUCUGGAGCGUCAACUGGAGCAGUACAGAGUGAGCAGCUCUAUGUUUCCGCUGCAGAUUCCUGGUUCUGCACCCAUGGGCUGUGCAUCUCCGGCCAACUUGGACAAGGAAAACACGGAGAGCAGCUCGCUGCCAGAGGGUAAUCCAACCUCCAACAACGAGGAGGACCUGCCCCAGUGCAAGAUUAGGCGCAACUACAGCUGCAACCAAUGCGCCUUCUUCACCCAGAAUCCCCGCAGUCAUUUGUCCCAUCUGCGCGACGUCCAUGGCGAGCGCAUUGUAAUUAACGAGUGCAAACUGUGCCUCUAUGCCUCCCGGCACUUCCAGAAGCUGGUGCGGCACAUGAAAAUGGUGCACGGCUGCUCCGAUGAUGGCGGCGCAGUGCCAGGAUCCGGUGGCCAGCUUCGGGGCAAGCGGAAUGUCUCCCGGGAGGUGCGCAAGCGCCGGCUGGAGGAGAGCAUUGAAAUGCAGGCCACGAGUGGACCCAAUCUAAAUCCCUGCCUGCUGCGGAUGCUCCAGAAUGGACCCACACUGGAGCAGCUUAAGGUCGAGCUGCAGCAGCAGGAGCAACAGCUUCUGGCCAGUGUCCAGGCCUACAAUCGCCAGCAGGAGAUGCUGCAGCUCCAGCAGAUCGUGGACGGGCACGACAACCUCUUUUCCAUGGCCUACGAAUUCCAGACCAAGUUGAUGCCACCCAGGCAGACGGAGUCCCUGAAAUUGGAUCAGAACAAUAGUAGCUCGGAUUGCGAGGAGGCUGUGAAGAGUCCGUCGCCGGAUGCGUUUGAGCUGGCCCCGGGUGCAGGGCAUUUCCAGUGCCAGAAGUGCUCGUACAGCACGCCCAUCCGGGCCAGAUUCAAGAAACACGUCAAGUAUCACUCCAUGCCGCUGAUCAAGUGCAGCUCGUGUGAUUUCCACACACCCUACAAAUGGAAUCUGGACAGGCACACCAAAAAUCAUGGUGCCAAUGGGCAUUUCAAGUGUUCGGCCUGUGACUUCAGCACCGAUAUCAAGCAAUCGCUGACCAUACAUGAGUUGAACCAUCAUGUGCCCACGAUGGGUCACCAGAUGACCACCAGACGCCGAGACGUUGCCGAGACUCAGCUGGAUCAGCAGCCGAGUGGGUCUGCGUCCAAGAGGAGGGGUCCUCCUGUUACAGCACCGGACUCUCCGCCUUCAGAGUUUCCGGGCAUCGUUUGCUCCCACUGCCACAAGCGGGUGGGCAAUGCCAUCGAGUUGAUCAAUCAUCUUCAAGUGUGUGCUCCCGCCUUGCGGAACACCACCCAACAUCUGCAGGCUGCUCUCACUGUGGAGAUGGAUCCGCAGGAUGAUGACUUGCCCAGUGCUUCCACAGAUCUCAGCUACUGCGGUGUGGAAACAGCUCCUGGCUACGGAGAGGUCACUGAGCAGUUCUUGCCCGACGAAUCCGAUGAGUCGACGCCGUUGAAGAAGGUUUUCAAGUGCCCCCAUUGCACCUUUUGGGCAGCGACUGCCUCGCGUUUCCAUGUCCACAUCGUUGGUCAUCUGAACAGGAAGCCUUUCGAAUGCUCCCUGUGCGCCUAUCGCUCCAACUGGCGCUGGGACAUCACCAAGCACAUCCGCCUGAAGGCCAUCCGGGAUAGGUCCCACAACCAGGCCGAGGUGCUGAUGAAUGACGAGACCGGAAGGCGCAACUACGCCAAAUACAAUCAGUAUCUGACUUUGAUGAAGGUGAGUGCGGAGCAGCUGGGCGAUUCCAAAAGCAUGCGCACGGGUGAGAUGAUCGUGAUGCCGCCGGAGAAGCUGGCCGAGCAUCAGCCCAUGGAGACGGAGGAGAGCAUAAGCGCCAGUCUGAUACCCAUUGAAAUGGUUGAUAGUGCCCCGUCGACCUCGGCUCUAGAUUUGAGAAAGCCCAGGGAAGAGCCUUCGGUUGGUGGCAGCAGCAUGGACACAAAAAACCCACCACUGGUAGCUGAAGGAACACAUUGGCUCAUGGAUCUGGAAUCAUUACAAUUCAAUUCAUCGAACGGCAAGCCAAUGACAAGUGGUGGCCUGGUCAAAGAUUCGCCGCUGGACUUGACCAAGCCAAAUACCUUAUCUGAGGAUGGCCGUCUGUCCGAUGAACUGACACCCAGUGAUGAUUCUCAGGACUCAACAGAAAGCGAAUAGGUUGGAAUUUGUAAAUGAACUUUAAAAAAAAUGUUUAAAUUUUGUAAAACGAAACCCGAAAUUGUUAUUCACUUGUCUAACAAACAAUUCGAAUUUAUUAAAACAUCUGAGUA